AUGGACGCGACUUCCCCAGAGAUGAUUGACUUCGUCAUCGUUCCAAUCGAGACUAUGGUGGCUUGCAACUUCAUUCUCUAUUGUGUUGCUCAAUCGAUUCAAGAUAUCCAGGUCCCUGGAGUUACUGACGACACCGAAACAUUCCACAAUGUCGGCUCCGCUUUGAUCAACGACAUAGCGUCCUGGCCAUUGAUCGUAAAAGAACACUCGCGAUGCCACACGACUAUCAAGCAAGUAUACGAGGCUGCAUCAAACUGGCUGUCGCGCUCUCCCUUGUUCGACGACACACGCAAUGAACUUGCACUGUACUUGGAGCUGCCAACUGGAUUCUCCGGGAGCAAUUUGAAAAUGAGGGACAACGGUGCUAUCCUCAACAGAGGAACCAUCCUUCUUAAGCAGCCUACCAGGGACUACUACAAAAGUAUCAACAGCCAGCACUGUUUCCUGUCCAGUCCCGAGACCAACAAGCGGAAUUACCGCGCCUUCUUAACUCAGUUGAUGUGGGCGCGGGACGACCCCCUUGCGCGAAUGUUCAAAUCGGACUUCAAGGGUGAGUUCCAAGACCAUCAGAAAGUUACCAACAUUGGGGAACUGUCGCACCAGCUCGAGAGCCUGAGCGUUGCUGACGGCGCGUCUACUGUCGCUAUGGAUACACCCUCAACUACUCGCGCUCCUUCACCAGCCCUCACCGAACGUCAGGAUAACCCCACUGCUGACCGCGCCACCGAGAGCAAACCCGUCGAGCCGCCGACCCUCAAAUACAUUGCCGUCAUCGAGACUGCCAACGACAAGGCUAUUUUCAAUCUCGACAUCACACAAGUCGAUAGUAAGCAGCACAAGAUCCUUGUUAAUGCGAGGGACAUGUGCAAUGAGAUGGCUUCCAAGGGCUAUGAUGGCAACAUGAAGCUACAGGAUGUCAUGGACAUGGCUGUGCAGAUGGCGACGAAGUGGGAAAUGCGAGGGAAGAAGACGGCAAAACCCUCACAUUGA